AUGGCGGCCUCUGCGUCCGCCCGGAAAUCCUCCUUCAGCCACACCCUCCAAAUAAUCACCGAAACCAAGCUCGACGAGCUCGAGAAGCAACGCCGAAGUCACCAGGAACACGCCACUGUCCUCAAUGAGGUCAGAAACUGUGAUGACGUCUUAAGAAAGGUCGAGCUCCUAGCGAAUGCUAUCAAGUCCUGGACAGGAUCUGGUGCUCUGAACGACUCCCAGACCGUUGGUGGGAAGCUUCAUCUGCCUGAUCUCGACUUCUGGCUCCUCCAGGCGAAACAGGAUCCCAGCUUUAGCCUUUCCACCGCCCAUGGUUGGGUUGAUGCCCUCGAAGAGCAUAUUAAACACAAUUCCACGCGAUUCGAUGCUGCUACACUGUUUGGGAGACUCCUGAACGAGUGGCUAGCCAGCGGUGACUCCAAUGGUGGCUUUGAAGAAGCCAAACAGACGAACGCAUCUGGAGACGAGGACGCGUCCGACACAAGCUUUGUCGAAGUCGGCAGAAAAGAGUUGCACGAACAGAAGGAGAAAUUCAAUUUUAUCGUCUUCGAGGAUCACCCUGUCGACAAACGCGAGCUCGUCGCCUACCUAGAGAAGCUCUUCCAGGCCGACGAGGCAAAGGCCGGACUUGAGGCGCUACGCAAGGACCUGAAGAAUUUUGGACACCUUCUCCAACGACGGCCAAUAUUCAGGGGUAACGUCUCCAACGCCAUUCAGGGCAUCCUCCUUUCGGGACUUAUGGACGAGGAGAAGAGGGAUACCCUCAAGGCGUUCCAAGAGAGUCCCACCGCGAAGGAUGAGCUCGCAAGCGUUCUCAACAUGCGAAUGUCAAAAAUCAAGAACUGGGCAUGGCCGAAAGAGGGCAUGCCUGUCGAGUUUCGUCGACACCUGAAUGGCAAAUACAGAGCCUUCACCGACCCGGAGAUCAUCGACGCCAUAUUCCUGCACCACAUCGGCGUGGCAUGGCAAGUGGCGCUCAAGGCAGCCCUUCGUCGUCUCUACCAGAGCGCGGCGUGGACCCGACGCAGACACCCUCCUGAAGUCAUUUCGCGCUGCAGGGCUCAAAUAUCCGCCGGGAACAACUCGAUCCAAGUACAACGUGACUCCAUGCGGUAUCGCGACUUCUUCAUGAGUCAACUACACGACCGUGCGGACAGGCCGAAUUUUUACGACGACAAUCACAAUUCUAACGACCGAAAUCCAUCAAAUCCAGCCAUGACAAAGCGUCGACUGCUCCACGUUAUGACAACAGAAGCAUACCUCAAUACGGCCGUUCAUGGGACACACGCCAUGAUCUGCUCCGACCUCGAGUGGUUCGGGCCUUCUCUGCCUAUCACCUCCAUCCUCACGGUCCUCGAGUUCAUCGGCGUCUCAGACGACUGGGGAGAUUUCUUCAAAACGUUCCUCUCUGCCCCUCUGCAAUUGCCUGGUGAAUCGGAACCACGCAUUCGUAAGCGUGGUACACCAAUUUCUUAUUCGCUCAGUGCAUUCUGCGGGGAGGCUAUUCUGUUCAUGAUGGACUUCGCCGUCAACCAACGCGCCGAUGGUCUCUUCCUGUACCGUAUGCACGAUGAUCUAUGGCUCUGGGAUGCUGACGUGAAGAAAGUCGCGGAUGGAUGGACAGAAAUGAAGACUUACGCAGCCCUCGUCGGUCUCAAGUUCAACGACAAGAAGACUGGCGCUGCGUACAUUGGGGACCCUGACCCUAACACUCAGCGCCUACCCCCAACAGACGUCCGAUGGGGCUUCCUUAAAUUCGAUGUUGCCAAAUCGCGAUUCGUCAUUGACCAGAGGGAAGUCGACCGACACGUUGUCGAAAUGCGACGCCAGCUCGCAGCAGCCCAAUCCGUCUUCGGUUGGGUCAAGGCGUACAACAACUACAUGGCCUUCCUCUUCAGAAACUUCGGUGGCGUUCCGGCGAAUUGCUUCAGCCAACAACACGUCCUCGACAUGAUCGGCACCUUGGGACGUAUACAACGAGAGCUAUUCCCUGAGGAAGGCGGAGCUGUCGGGUAUUUGAAGAAGACGCUUGCAGUGCGCUUCGGCAUCACGGAUUUCCCUGAGGGAUACUUCUACUUCCCAAUCUCUAGUGGCGGGCUAGAGCUGCGAAACACGAUGCUGGAGUUGCUGGUGUUAGAAAGAAAUGGCCACCCGCUGGCCACAUACAACCCUAAAGAGGAUGAGAAUCUCGUGCAUCUUCCACCCCUAGGCAUGUUUCAACCGCUCCCCGGCAGAGUUCCCUGGAGGCCGAAGCCUGCCUACGAGGAACCCGCGCACGAGUCCAGCGAAUCAGAUGGCAGCUCGUACUAUAGCUCCGAAGGCGAAGAGGACGCUCCUAUGACAGAAAACAGAUUCAAACAGCAUAUACUCAGAGAUCGGUUAUUCUACAAGCAGGUGAAGGAGAACUGGGAGGUCACCGCAGGCACCCGAAAUCUCCGCAACACAACGACGACAAGCUCGGGCCGGGAUGAGUUCAUGUCGUUCGAGGAGUACGUCUCUUACCGUGAAUCCUGGCUCUCGACGUGGGGUGACUACUACGAAGAGAUGUUGCGCUCUCCGCAGAUACGCACCAUAACUUUGGUGCCCCGGGUACAGGAGAUGAUGCAGAAGAGCGUUGGCCGGUUGGAUUGGGAUAGCAUGAACUGGUACCAGCGAUGGAUCAUCAGUAUAUACGGUGACGGAGUGGUGAAAAAGUUUGGCAGCCUAGCUGUCAUUGAUCCCAACUUGAUUCCUAUCGGUAUGGUAGAGCUCUUCAAAACCUCUAGGAUGAAAUUGGACCAGUGA